UUUCCUGUCUUUUUCAUGUCGUGUACGAGCGAGUUUCAGUAAUCAUAACUAGCUUCACUCCACACAUGACACAUAGGUUUAUAUAGGAAGCUCCCCACAUUUACCAAAUUAAUAAACCAAAUAAAAUUUUGUUUUUAGCCCCACUGAAGCGAACAUGGUUCUUACCUUAUGGAUAGAGCUUUCAUCCACCAAAAAGACACAGAAACAGCUCACCAACAAGAAGAGCAACAUUUCCAGCUCAAGCUUUGUGUUCCAGUACCAGUGAAGCUAAGAAGCUCCUGAACCCAUUUUCUCUACUGGGCUCCUGGGUCUCAAAAUCUCUUAGAAACUUGUAUUGCAAAGCUAGUUUCUCAGAUGGGUUUUGCUUGAAAAGGCUACAAUUUAAUGGUAUGGUAGUGAACGAUUCUGUUUUUUUUGUGAUUCACCUGGGCUGGUUUUGAAAGAAGAGAAGGGAGAAAUGGAGGGUCUGAUUGAGAAGAAUAAUGAAUGUAACAGAGAGAAAGACACGAACUUUGGUGAAAAGAAAGGUGAAGUCCAGACAUUUGGUGAUUUGAUUGAAGACAAAUGUAGAGAAAGCAGUUCAAGUUCUGACUUUUUAACUUCCGAGGCCACAGGGAAUGAGGAGCAUGGUCAUAGUAGCUCUGAAGAGGGCUCAUCUUCUCCUCAUACAAUGGGUUGGCCUGUACUGAAAGAUGAAGCACCUGAUUGCACAAAUACCGAUGGUGUAACUGAUGAUGAAGAGAAAUCCCACUUUGAUGAUAGGAAGUUGGAGAAACAAGGGUCUUCGGUUUCAGAGACUGAGAUGAUGAAGGAAAGGUUUUCAAAAUUGCUGCUCGGAGAAGACAUGUCUGGUUGUGGAAAUGGGGUUGGUACAGCAUUGGCGAUCUCAAAUGCCAUUACUAAUCUAUGCGCUACCUUGUUCGGGCAACUAUGGAGGUUGGAGCCUCUACCACUUGAGAAGAAAGCUAUGUGGCGAAGAGAGAUGGAAUGGCUUCUUUGUGUGAGUGAUCACAUUGUGGAGUUGAUGCCUUCUUGGCAGACAUUUCCAGAUGGAAGCAAGCUCGAGGUUAUGACCUGCGGACCCAGAUCGGAUCUCUACAUAAAUCUUCCAGCUCUGCGCAAAUUGGACAACAUGCUUCUUGAGAUAUUAGAUAGUUUUGACAAUACUGAGUUCUGGUACGUCGACCAAGGGAUCCUGGCCCCUGAUACUGAUGGGUCAGCCUCUUUCCGAAGAACCCUGCAGCGCCAAGAAGAGAAGUGGUGGCUACCUGUGCCUCAGGUACCUCCUGGAGGCCUCCAUGAAAAUUCAAGAAAGAAGUUGCAGCACAAACGUGAUUCUACAAAUCAAAUAUUGAAAGCUGCCAUGGCUAUCAACAGUAUUACUUUAGCUGAAAUGGAAAUCCCUGAAUCUUACUUGGAGGCUCUUCCAAAGAAUGGAAAAGCCAGCCUAGGAGACCUCAUCUAUCGAUAUAUUUCUUCAGAUCAAUUUUAUCCAGAAUGUCUCCUUGAUUGCCUAGAUUUGUCUUCUGAACAUCAAGCUAUAGAACUUGCGAACCGAGUGGAGGCCUCAAUCUAUAUAUGGCGCAAAAGAACCAAUUAUAAACCUGCCAGUAGUACCAAUCGAUCCAGUUCAAAGUCGUCAUGGGAAUUGGUCAAGGAACUGAUGAUUGAUGCAGACAAGAGGGAAUUGCUUGCUGAUAGAGCAGAAAGCCUCCUACUUUGCCUGAAGCAGCGAUUCCCUGGUCUUCCACAGACAACUUUGGAUAUGAGCAAAAUCCAGUACAACAAGGAUGUUGGGAAAUCCAUUUUGGAGAGCUACUCGAGAGUUUUAGAGAGCUUGGCAUUUAAUAUUGUGGCCCGAAUUGACGACCUGCUCUACGUGGAUGAUUUGACAAAACAUUCGGAUCAUUUCUCUUCAAUCUCUAAAGUCAGUGUGAUUGCUCACAAAAGUGUAACAAUUCCAUACUCGGUCCCCGUCUCAAACACUCCAUACAAAACAGCUUUCAACACACCAAGCUUUUCACCAGGUCAACAACGAAUAAGCCCUGCAAAGGGAGACCGAUCGCCUUUCAUGACCAGUGGCAAAAUUCCUCAGCGUGGUUUAGGCGUAAAAAAGGUAUUGACAGAGUAUCUCAGUAUAGAUACAGAAGACAGGGAUGGCGGCAACAUGAUCGAGGGAGCAGACAAUGUGAUUCGAAACACCUCGGCUUCUCAAACCAGAGUUGAAUCUUUUGGGUCUAUAAUAGAAACAAUCAGCUCACCUGAGAACAGAUUUUCUGAUAUCUGCUAAAUUCAUCUGCUGAUGGCUCCUUCGUGCAUGUAUCCCCCCCCCCCCCCCCAAAUAGAAUUAGGAAGAUGUUUGAGAGCUGGGUAAAGCACAUCAUGUUAUUUAAACCUUAGAUGUAACGAGAUAUAUGUAAUGAUAAUGAGUUGAGUGCUUCGUGAAUCA